GGAGAAGAGGUGCACAUGCUUUGAGAGUUCAUUGCGCACAAAUCACAUCGCGGGCUGGUUGUGGGAUUCCGAUCCAAUGCAAACUACCAUGGACGCCUUCAACAUGACAUCCAUAAACAGCACUGUCCUUUUUAAGCCCUUUUUGUCGCCCGUGGUGGACAAAACUAUUAACGUGCUCAUGGUGAUUGUCUUAUUCAUCACCAUGAUCUCACUGGGAUGCACCAUGGAGGUGUCCAAGAUCAAGGGUCACAUCGUGAAACCUAAAGGGGUUGUAAUUGCAGUCCUGGCCCAGUAUUGCGUCAUGCCACUUACAGCAUUUUGCUUAGCCAAGGGCUUCCACCUAGCUAACAUGGCGGCUGUGGUGGUCUUGAUUUGUGGGUGCUGCCCAGGAGGAACCCUUUCCAACAUCUUGGCGUUGGCUAUAAAUGGAGAUAUGAACCUAAGCAUUGUGAUGACGUCCUGUUCCACCUUGCUGGCUCUGGGCAUGAUGCCGCUCCUACUCUACCUUUACUGUCAGGGGUUUGGCGACCUGCAGAACGCCAUUCCCUACGUUGACAUCACCGUGUCGCUGGCCAUGAUCCUCGUGCCCUGUGGCAUUGGUAUCUUCAUCAACCACUAUAGGCCGCAAUACUCCAAGAUCAUCACCAAGAUAGGUCUGACCAUCAUGUCCAUCUCCUCCGUGGCGAUUGCCGUGGUGGCCACCGUAGCGAUCCGCAGCGCCAUCCUAGUGGUGAUGUCUCCUCCCCUUUUGGCCACUGGCGCCGUCAUGCCAUUCAUCGGGUUCACCUUCGGCUACGUCAUUUCGUCCAUCUUCAGACUCAGCCAAGCGGAGAGGAGGACUGUCGCCAUGGAAACAGGCUGCCAGAACAUUCAGCUAUGCGCAACCAUUCUGAAGCUGGCCUUUCCACCGGAAGUGAUUGGCCCGCUCUUCCUCUUCCCGAUGGUGUACAUAUCCUUCCAGUUGUUGGAGGCCAUUGCGCUUAUCAUCAUCUACAGAUGCCACCAGAGGCUCAAGAAAAAAGGCAAAGAUGCAUAUCAGCCUGCCAUGACUGAUGCCGGACUGAAAGCAUUUUCAGAAGGGACGGUAUGACAGCCGGGCCAGAUUUCCCUUAUGUUGGACUUGAAACAUUCAUGUUCGGACUUCCGUGUUGACUGCUUUGCAAUAAAUUUUCACCAUUACUACUUACAGUUGCCGUUCAGUGAUGAUGUUGGAAGUGUGAAAGGUUGUCUGCAUCUAAGCUUCACCUCCCAGCGACACUGAACAGGAUAAUGGUACACUGUAGUGGCUGGAUAUUCACAAUGACAAAGGGAGAGUGUGUAACACUGUUAAAACUGCUUUAAUAAGUACGGCAUUUCCCCACAUACAUUUUCCCUAUUUUUAUUGAAAACAAGACCCUCAUAUACAAAAGGCAUCAUGAAUUCAAGCAUCCAAAAACCAAUAGUGACUCACCAGAGAGGGCAGGAGAACAGGGUGACUCAAGAGGAAGAACAUAAAUGGCAAGAGACCUUGUUUACUUAUCAAAAACAACUAACAAUCACUUUGAAGAA